GGGAUUGGGCAGGCCCGCCGCCACUCACAACUUGCCGCGGCAAUGCUACCGCGGAGCGUCUCCCGGGCCUGUAGGGCUGUGUGCGCUGCGGUGCACGGCUCGGGAGCCCGUUGGGUCUCCAGCUGGAACUGCUGCCCCAGCCUUCCAGGAGGAGGCAGUGUUCCUCACAGGCACCAUGGCCGAGUGGGGUCUGGUGAUGACCGAAGAGAAUCAGCCGUGGACCAUGGGGAGAGGGCCUCUCAAGCAGGUGCAGACAGCACCAGGCAGCCCAAGACCUCCCUGCCCAGUGGGGACCCCUCAAAACCCUUUUACCCUGUGCCACCUGAGCUCCAGCCCCCAACAAAUUGCUGCAUGAGCGGCUGCCCCAACUGUGUGUGGGUGGAGUAUGUGGAGGCACUGCUGCAGCACUACCAGGAUGGUGGGGAGCGAGCUCUGGCUGCGCUAGAGGAGCAUGUGGCUGAUGAGAACCUCAAAGCCUUCCUCAAGAUGGAGAUACAGCUCCAUAUACGAGGUGGUGGCUGAGCCAGUCUGGCUGAGACACCCUCACUCUGGACAGAGACACCAACCUGGUGGCUCCUGCUCUGGAAGCAGCAGUGGCCACCUUUGUUCACAACCAAUAGGUGCAACUGUUUAUUGACUUUUUCUGAAAAUAAAUACAUUCUUCAUGGUGGUUGAA